CUGGUAUCUAAGGAAGAUAGUGACAUCUACAUACUCUGACGUGGCUUUGGCGAUACAUGCAGCGUAUCUGAUAUAGAUAAGUGAAGCUGCUAUUUUUUUACCAUGUGCGAAUAAUGACGUUAUUACUGCUCUUGUAAAACAACAGAAAUAUGCCAGUGUAUUAUACUGGUUUAAAUGCCAGUCCGCUCUUUUCCAAUCAAGAUGGAAUUAUCACAUCAAUAGCACAUUUAACUCAGAUUCCAUUUGCUGGAGUCACAGAUAUUGAGAUUAGUUGGAAUUAUUUUCUUCUCUGGCAAGAUACAAAAUUAUAUAUUACUGGAAAAGUCAGUGAUAACAAUGAUAAAAAUAACCCUCGUUUAAUUCAAAUUCCAGAGGAAUCGUCAGGAAGUUGUAAAAUGGCUAUACCUGGUCGGGAAAGUGUAAUUAUUUUAUCAACGCAUAAUGAAAUCUGGAAAUAUAAGAUAUAUGAUGACUUUUGGCAAAAAGUGACACCUUUUAUUUCCAGCACUGAUAAUACAUUAACUGAAUAUGCCAUUAAGUUAUCACAAGCAGGAUGUACAGUAGUUUUAACUAAUUUAGGGCGUGUAUUUAAUGCUCCACUUUUGGUUAAAACACCAAAAAGAGUCAAGUUUGUUGAUCUUGCCUGCGGUUAUGAUCAUACCAUUUUAUUAGCAGAGAAUGGUGAUAUUUACUCAAUGGGGAUGGGAAUACGUGGUCAAUUAGGGCACAAUGAAUUGGAAAAUUGUGAUGAUCCGAAGCUCAUCGAAGCCUUAGCAGGUCUGAAGAUAAUACAAGUAUCAGCGGGUGGUUGGCAUACCGCUGCAGUCACUGAUCAAGGUGAUUUGUAUACGUGGGGAUGGAAUUCAAAUGGAGAACUAGGAAUUGAAAGCAAAGACAAAAAAGUUCACGCUAUUCCAACUUUGGUAGAUUUUAAGAAUGACAAAGGGGAAACUAUAGAAAUUAAUGUUAAAAAAGUUGAAUGCGGAAAUUCUUUUACCAUAUGUUUAACAGACGACGGUUCCUUUUGGGGCUGUGGCAGUAACAAGUAUGGUCAAUUAGGGAAACUUCAGCAGGACUUGGAAAGUACAUAUAAUUUUAUUAAAUUAAACAUCCAGCCAUUAGAUUUUAAAACAGUGAAAAAGUUUAAAUGUCACGAAUGGGGCACGGCGAUAAUUACAGAAUAAUAUGUUGUUUUAUAUAUAUAUAUAUUUAUAUAUAUAUAUAUAUAUAUAUAUAUAUAUAUAUGUAUGUAUAUAUGUAUAUAUAUAUAUGUGUAUAUGUAUAUAUAUAUAU